GCAACGAGGUACAGAUUAUUUAAGUCAAGUUGGCUUUCCGCAAACGGACUGGAGGGGGAAAAACGCGCUCUUUUGUUUUUAUACGAGCGAUCCACUUGUUUUCGAUUUUGAAAAGUCCGUGUCUGUGCUUCUGGUAACAUUGGAUGCUUGUUCUUAACAUGUAGAGGAAGUGAAAAAGUUCUUGCUCAUUUUGGGAUUGACUGACUUCAGCUGAAAAUAUAUACCUGUGCGCGACUCCUUAUACAGGGUUUGAGAUCAAUAUUGAAAUGCACGUGAAAAAAUUGCUGAAAGCUCGAUUAGAAAAAUUUUGGGAGUAUGGAUCUGGAAGAAUGGUCCUUGCCGCAGUUUGCGCACAUUCAGUGUCAGUAUCUAUUGGUAUUUGCCAAGGAUACAGCGCUAUUUUGAUACCCCAACUCAUAUUGUCACCCCAGUAUAACAUAACAAUGGAAGUCAGUUCUUGGUUAGCAAGUUUGGGAGCUGUGACAAACCCCCUUGGUUCCAUAGCUUCUGGAGUACUAGCAGAGUACAUGGGAAGGAAGAUAGCAAUACAACUAACUACAAUACCAUUCCUCCUUGGCUGGCUGUGCAUAGGACUCUCGACCCAACUGAAAUGGAUCUACAUCGGUAGAAUUAUAACAGGAAUAGCUGCAGGUAUGGCCUCAGCCAGUUACACCUACGUCUCUGAAAUAUCCACACCAGAGAGCAGGGGCGUCUUGCAAGCCCUAGGCCCCAUAAGCGCUAGCUUCGGCAUCCUCCUGACCUACGUUUCCGGUUACUUCUUCCACUGGAAAUACACCGCCCUGAUCAGCAUCUUCUUCUGCAUUUACACCCUCAUCUCCAUGACUUUCCUGCCGGAAUCCCCGGCCCAUCUAGUCAAAGGCAAAGACACCAAGAAGAUCUUCGAGGCCUACCUCUUCUUCAGACGCAGCAACGCCAAGGCCCAGGAGGAGGUGGAAAAACACACGUCCAAGACCAACGAGUUUUACAACUCUGGGAAGACAUGGAGGGACGUAUUUUGUAGCAGCGAGACUGUUAAGCCUUUCCUGAUACUGGUGACACUUUUCUUCCUCCAAGAGAUGUCGGGGAUCUACAGUAUACUCUUCUACACCGUCAAUUUCUUCGAGGAGACCCAUCUGGAUGUCGAUGAUUUCCUAGCUUCGAUCGUAGUGGGCGGCAUAAGGUUCUUCAUGUCCAUUGUUACAGCCUUCCUGAUAAAUAAGUUUGCUAGGAGGGUUCUGUGUGUGGUUUCGAGCUUUGGUAUGGCUUGUACCCUGUUACCUUUGCUCCUCUACAUAAGAUACUACGAGAUGUUUCCCUCUGGACCCAAGUUCCUCCCAUAUCUUCCACUCGUGAGUGUGAUCUUCAACGUGUUCUUCAGCAUGUUGGGGAUGCUGCCCAUACCCUACAUACUGGUAGGUGAAUAUUUCCCCCUCAGGGCAAGAUCUAUAAUGUCCGGGUUUGUUAUUUGCAUAGCGCAAACCUUCAUCUUCAUCUCGGUGAAGAUUUACCCCCACAUGAACGCCCUGCUGGGGUUCAGCGGUACCUUGUUCACUUUCUUCGUUGCUUCUUGCGUCGCUGUCAUCUUCUGCAAGUUCGUGCUUCCAGAAACCAAGGAUAAGAGUCUGGAGGAUAUCGAGGAGUAUUUCAGAGGGAACAAUUAUAAGGACUCAUACGUCCUUCCGCAUCAUACAGUGUGGGAAACACCGUCGAAAGAAGUGUUUUCCAUCAAACUUCCAGCAUGAUGGAUAUUUUUAUAUGUCUGCCCUGGAUAUUUCCAUAUUUUCGAAUUUUGAACAGGAAAAACGAGCCUUGAUUUGUUGAUGGAGAUAGAAAAUGUAGAUUUUUCAAUUAGUUAAUCGAUUUCGUGAAGGUAUUUAUGAAAUAUCUGUUUAAGAGUUAUUUGUAUAUUACAUCUCUAUUAGUGAGUUCAUAUUGGAUGUGAUAAUUAUUGCAUUAAAUUAAUGUUCCUAGACUAUAUUUGUUAAAUUUUUAAUAAAGCAUUGCGAUUUUCA